AAGAAAAUCUCUCCCCCACUCCACCGUCAACAUUUUCCCGUGUCACUGUUAAAUCAGCACAAAAGGUUAAGCCUCCCUGGGAAACGAGAACUCCCUACAGAUCCCUACAAAUUCCACGAAAUCUCACUCCUGUAAUCAUCAGUUCCAAAUUUUACAUAUGACCCUCCCACCUGCACCCCAAAAACAGCGGCACCCACAUUCCUCAAACCCCAACUCCGCGACCAGCGGCGGAGCUGCUUCCUCCUUACCCUUCCAUUUCCAUGGAGCUCGUACAGCCUUCGUAUCCGCACCAUGGCCCGGUGGCUGAAUCCCCUUCUGGGUUCUCUUCUCCGGUGAGUUUCCGACGUGGGUUUGACCGGCCUGCGACUUCCUCCUCUCAGUCUCAGUUGCCCGAGGUUUGUGAAGAAGGUGGUGGUGGUGACAAGGUGCACGUGGCGGUUGGGAAGUCUGUGGACAAAGCUUUGAGCUUGCUUCGUUGGACGUUCAAGCACUUUGGCUGUAAUGAAAUUUGUAUACUUCAUGUUCAUCAGCCAUCUCCGCUGAUUCCCACUCCCUUAGGAAAACUACCUGCAAGUCAGGCAAAUGACGAGGUGGUAACGGCUUUCAGGAGGGAGGAAAGGGAACGGAAAAUGGAGCUUUUGCAAAAUUAUUUGAGGGCUUGCUCUAGAGCAAAGGUUAAAGCAAGCAUUGUUAUGGUUGAAGCUAAUGAAAUUCAUAAAGGAAUUGUAGAGCUGGUCAACAAUAAUGGGGUAAGGAAGCUUGUUAUGGGAGCUGUACCAGAAGAUUGCAUGAAGGUGAAAAAGAGCUCCAGCAAAGCAAAUUAUGUAGCCAAAUGUGCUCCAUUGUUCUGUGAAAUACGGUUUAUCAACAAAGGGAAACAUGUCUGGACGAGAGAUGCUUCAGAUGGCCAAAGUUCUCCGACCUCAUGUGGGCAACUGCAGAUUGCACCUGCAGAAAUUUUGAGUUGUAAAUCAUUUCAAAAUAGAGAGAAUGCAGAAAUCCACAAAGAAUUGGCUGCAUCACCAACUUUAGCUUGUUCUUCAAAUACGUGCUUACCCUCCAGUAUUCAUAAUUCAACUAGUACAGGUUCUAGCUCUGGUUCAGGAUAUAAUUUUGCUGAGGGAAGGAUGCCUUCAGAUUCUGAUUUAAACGUUGAGGAACAGAGCUUAUGCCGUAUGCUUACGGAAGCUACACUAGAAGCCGAGGCAUCAAGGGACAAGGCAUUUGCAGAGCUAUCGAAGCGCAAAAGUUUAGAAUCAGAAGCUAUGAAUGCUAUCAACAAGGCCAAGGCAUUUGAGUUAGCCCGUGGCCGAGAAGUUAAACUUAGAGAAGAGGCUGAGGACGCCUUGAGAAUCACGAUUGAGGAACAACAAAAACUCUUGGAAGAGAAGGAAGAAAUUAGUGGUGAGAUAAGCAGGGCCAUGAGAAAUAUUGCCCUUCUAGACAGCCGAGCACAGGAAGCAAGUCGAAGGUUUGAUGAAGCUUCUGGGGAAGUGAAGCAAAUUCAGACUUCAAUUGCAACUCUUCAGCAGGAAAAACAGUGUAUUCAACGACAAAAGGUGGAAGCCCUUCGCUGGAUUGAGCGGUGGAGGAAUCAUCGACAAGCUGGAGCCGCAAACUGCAAUGCGGUCAUUGGGUUUGUUGAAGAACUGCCGAAAUUAGCCGAAUUCUCAUUGUCAGAUUUGCAGACUGCAACAUGCAAUUUUUCUGAGAGCUUUAAAAUUGGGCAGGGAGGAUAUGGUUGUGUUUAUAAGGGGGAAAUGCUGGGCAGAACUGUCGCCAUAAGGAAAUUGCAUCCACACAACUUGCAAGGACAAGCUGAGUUUCAACAAGAGGUACAAGUUCUUGGAAAAUUACAGCAUCGUCACCUUGUGACCUUGCUUGGUGUUUGUCCAGAAGCCUGGUCGCUUGUAUACGAAUACUUAUCAAAUGGGAGUCUGCAAGACCAUCUUUUCAGGAAAAGCAAUAUUUCUCUGGUGCCAUGGAAGACCCGAACACGGAUAAUUGCUCAAAUCUCUAGUGCCCUUUGCUUCUUGCACUCCUCUAGACCUGAAAAGAUUGUCCAUGGUGAUUUGAAGCUGCAAAACAUACUACUAGAUUCUGAACUCAACUGCAAGAUUUGUGAUUUUGGGAUUUGCAGGCUGGUCACUGAAGACAAUCUUUACUGUCGAAGUUUCCGCCAGGGAACUGAGCCAAAGGGUGCUUUUCGUUACACAGAUCCAGAGCUGCAAAGAGUCGGGGUCCUGACGCCCAAGUCUGAUAUUUAUUCCUUUGGGCUGAUCAUUCUGCAGUUAGUCACCGGACGUCCUCCAGUUGGCUUAGCAAGUGAGGUGCGCAAGGCAGUUUUAGGUGGAAAUUUGGCAUCGAUUAUAGAUUCCUCAGCCGGAGAAUGGCCUAUAUCUGUGGCAGUGCGAUUGGUAGACCUUGGUUUGCAAUGCUGUGAAUUGAAUAGUAGGGAAAGACCAGAGCUUACGCCAGCUUUUGUGAGGGAAUUGCAGCAGCUACAUGCCUCUGAAGAGCGACCAGUACCAUCUUUUUUCUUGUGUCCGAUCCUUCGGGAAAUAAUGCAUGACCCGCAGUUGGCAGCUGAUGGCUUCACGUACGAAGGUGAAGCUUUGCGUGGAUGGUUACAAAAUUGUCGCGAGACUUCUCCAAUGACCAAUUUGAAAUUGAGUCACUUGCAUCUCAUUCCCAACCAUGCCUUACGCCUUGCGAUUCAAGAUUGGCUUUGCAAGGCUUGAAAUCUCACUACUCUCAUGUAUGUAUGUAUGUAGGUAUGUAUGUCAUCGAUAUGUCAUUCACUCGUAGAUUUUCGUUGUAACCAUUGUAUUUCUAUAUCAUGCAAUGAUAGGGAAGGUGCUUGUUGUAUAAAAGCUAUCAAAAUUGAAAGCAUUGUAAUGUUAAGCAGAUUAGUUUUCUAAUGUGACAGUGUAAAUUUACUAAAUUUGAGAAAUAUCAAGAUCGAAUAUAUUUAGUCAUAA